UUAUGCUGACCCCAACAAAUAUACUUGCAAGUUCACUUGAAACCUAUUCACCAUCUUGAGAUACUGCUAUCCAAUGCUAUCGCACGCUAUUAAAACAGUCGUGUUGAGACUAGCCGGGGCCUAUUUCACACACCAUUAGAGAUAACGCCGCUUAAGUUUAUCAACCAUGGCGACCGAAAUCCCGAAAGAAAAGAAACUUCCUAGCGUGUUCCUGGGACAGUCAGGCCUGAAAGUCUCCAAUAUUUGUCUGGGCGCCAUGACGUUUGGGGAAUCCUCAUGGGGAAUCCCAGGACAGUGUGACGAGGACCUCUCCCACCAGAUUAUCGACCGGUUCGUCAAGUGGGGCGGCAACUUCUUCGACACGGCCGACGUGUACGGGCGGGGCCGGUCAGAGGAGAUUCUCGGCAAAUGGCUGGAAAGGCAAACAAGGGACAACUUUAUUGUAGCCACUAAGGUCCGUUCAAACAUGGGAACAGAGGUCAACCCUAACAAUAUAGGGUUAAGCAGACGUCACAUUACAGCUAGUAUCGAUGCUAGUUUAGGACGAUUAAAGACUGACUACGUUGAUCUGUAUCAGGCCCACUGUUUUGACGACGCCGGUCCGUUUGGAGGAGACGCUACGCACAUGGACGACCUAGUGAGGAUCGGGAAAAAUCCGAUACGUGGGCGUCAGCAACUUCACAGGCUGGCAGAUGCAGAAGUUGGUGGACACGACGGAAAAACUGGGACU